GUCGGGUGGGCUCUACUUAGUCCAUGGGCUGCAGCCGAGCCCAGGGCCUUCUUGACUUGCCUCCGGACAGAUAGCCGAGCAGGAAGACUAGCAGAGGGAGGAGAGGACCGCCGCCGCCGCCGCAAGGAAGCAGGAGCACCAUGCCGAAAUCCAAGCGCAAUCGCCCAGUGACCUUAUCAAAGACCAAGAAGAAGCCUGGUUUAGAGCGCAAGGGCAAAGUAGUUGCCGAGAUUAAAGAUGCUGUGGAGAAAUACAGCAGCGCCUACGUUUUCACCUUUGAUAACAUGAGGAAUCAGAAGCUCAAGGACCUCAGGGAGCAGCUCAAAUCCUCUAGCAGGAUAUUUCUUGCUGGAAAGAAGGUUAUGCAGAUAGCGUUGGGGCGUUCACCUGCUGAUGAAGCUAAAACAGGCCUCCACAAACUUUCCAAGUUCCUUCAAGGUGAUUCCGGUCUGCUCUUUACCAAUCUUCCAAGGGAUGAUGUUGAGAGGCUGUUUCGAGAUUUCGAGGAGCAUGAUUUUGCAAGGACAGGAAGUACUGCGACAGAAACGGUGGAGCUUAAAGAAGGCCCUCUGGAACAGUUUACACAUGAAAUGGAACCUUUUCUACGCAAGCAAGGACUGCCAGUUCGCUUGAACAGAGGUGUCGUAGAGUUAGUUGCAGAUCAUUUAGUGUGUGAGGAAGGAAAACCCCUUUCACCAGAAGCAGCACAGACUCUGCGCUUGCUUGGGAUACAGAUGGCAACAUUCCGGCUAUACCUUGUGUGCCGCUGGUCUUGUGAUGACUUUGAAGUGUACAAAGAAGGCUUGGCGCACCUAGGAGCUGAUGAUGAUUCCUCUUAAGAUCUUUAUGUUCCCCUCUGCAAGGACGCACUUGCUGUCUUGUGUUGGGACAGUUUUUGGUAUUGUGUGUGCGGCCAUGUACCCCGGAAUGUUGGAAAUUUGAAAGAUGCAGUGUUGGAGGGUGUAAGCUGAUUGGUAUAUCUUAUGAACAAGAUGUGGAGUUGAGAGGUGGAUCUUCUUACUGACCGUGCAGUGUGUGACUUGGGUUUUGUGCUUAAAUGUAGGUCGAUGGCAAAAUGCUGAAUCUUUA